AUGAAGAUAGAGGAAUGUCUCAACGAACACAACAUGAACCAGCGGCUCCUGAGGAUACGUUACGCUGUACGUGGACCCAUCCUGGAGCGAGCCCUGGCCAUACAGGCGGACCUUGAGAAGGGUGUACGGAAGCCAUUCAAGCGUGUAAUCCGAGCAAACAUCGGCGACUGUCACGCUCUGGGUCAGAGACCGAUCACUUUUAUAAGACAAGUGUUGGCCUUAGCGACCUGUCCUAGUCUCCACAUGUUACAGGACAUACCCGAGGAUGUAAAGGAACGAGUCAGAGAAAUCCUGGGAGAGUGCGUGAGUGGCUCAGUAGGAUCGUAUUCACCAGCUCCAGGCCUGUUGUUAAUCCGUAAGCACGUUGCUCAGUAUCUGACCGCCCGUGACGGAGUGUCCGCUAACUUUAAUAACAUAUAUCUCGGCUCGGGAGCUUCUGAUCUCAUCAAGAGUGUCCUCACCCUUUUUGUGGAAAAAGUCGAUGGAAAACCACCAGGUGUUAUGAUACCCAUUCCCCAGUAUCCGUUAUUUUCUGGAACUCUCUCGGAGUUGGGACUACAGCAGGUGGACUAUUAUUUAGACGAAGAUGAGGGCUGGGCUCUGAAGUACGAAGAGUUGGAACGGAGCUGGCGAGCAGCGAGCGAGCACUGUAGCGUGCGAGCACUAGUCGUCAUUAAUCCUGGGAACCCAACGGGACAGGUUUUGUCGAGAGAUAACAUCGAAGAUAUCAUAAGGUUUGCAUACAAACACAACCUCUUCAUCCUGGCAGAUGAGGUGUAUCAAGAAAAUAUAAUAUCAAAGCCCUUUCACUCGUUUAAAAAGGUGAUGCAUGAGAUGGGCGACCCAUACAAGCAGCUCCAGUUGUCGUCGUUCCUCACGUGUUCCAAGGGCUGGUCCGCUGAGUGUGGUCUCCGAGCCGGCGUGUGUGAGCUCGUGUCUCUCCAGCCUCGAGUGUUGACAGCCCUGGAGGCGGCGCGGUCCACUCAGCAGUGUGCCAGUGUGCUGGGACAGUGUGUCGUGGAUUGUGUGGUCCGUCCUCCGGCCCCAUCUUCUCCGUCGUUUCCUCUCUUCUCUUCUGAACGUGAUCGUCUGAGGCGCACCCUCACUGAACGAGCGCUUGCGGCUCACGCAGCUUUCAACUCCAUACCGGGUUACUUCUGUAACCCUAUCGAAGUAACAUCUUUUGUUUUAUUCAAACUCAAGGUGCAAUGUUUGCAUUUCCACGAGUUGAAAUACCGGCAAAAGCAAAACAGGAGGCCGGGUUUGGUUCCCGAUGAAUUUUACUGUUUACGACUAUUAGAAGAGACAGGAGUAUGUGUGGUGCCGGGGUCAGGGUUCGGUCAGCGUCCCGGCUCGUACCAUUUUCGAACCACCAUCCUUCACGACAGAGAGGAAUUCAGUUACAUGCUAGCCUGUAUACGACGGUUCCAUUUAAACUUUAUUGAGGAAUAUUCAUGA